UGUCCGAGUCACGAAUGUUUUGAUCGGUCGCUGUUGUGAGCUCUGUUUUUGAGUCUUGAAAUUGGGUGCCAGCAAAAUUCCUCUUGCAGAGUUUUUUCUUAGACAAUUGCAUAAAUUAUUUAACCUCUUAAGGAUGCUGCAGCCAUCUAUGUUUCAGCGUACACUUUCAAGUCUUUUAAGGCUGCAAAGUGUAGGAUGUAUCUGUAGAAGGAGUAACACAAAUUACACCGUCGGAGGCCUCUGGGAACCAGAGUAUUUGGAGGCAAUGAAGUCAAAAAUUCCCUUGUAUGAUGCAGUCAACAUUCAGCUCAAGGGCUAUGACUAUCCUGUGUUGGAGAGUUACCAAAAGCUUCUCCACAAUCUUCUUUCGAAUAUGGACCUUGACGUGGAAGACUGCUGGGCUACCCCACCUAAAAAGCUGAAGAUCAACACUUUCAAGCCCAACAGUUCUGUUGUGGAUAAAGAAUUCAAGCUGAAUAUAUACGAGAGAAAUGUCCAGAUUGUCGACGUUCCGGCCACCAUUUAUCCCAUUCUACUAUCUGCACUUACAUCGUCUGUGCCGGAAGGAGUGACGGUUUCAGUGCACGAGCACGAGCCCGAUCAUGAGGAGAUCAGGUACAUUCCUGAUCUGGAGCUCAAAGAUUUGAAGGAUCAACUCCACGUCCUUGGAGGCCCAACAGUUAAGAGGGAUCCAAGGAGGAAGCGCUAGGUUUUUUUUUCAAUUUAUAAUGAGGUAGUUUAAUGAAUUUGAAAAUGCUGGAAAGA